UAACUAAUUGGUACGAUGGGUUCAUUCAGAAGAAGCCGAGCCCAACGGAAGCACCCAAUGCGUUCGUUGGUGCGGAAGGCAAGAACGAUGACAUGUUUAUACCUUACCCACGCACUCACUCACACUCAAAACGCUCUCUUCUACGCCAACGUCCCCAAACCCCCCUCCCCUUCUCCUAAACUUCUCUCGGGCAUUCGAGGCUCAAUUUGCACUGCGGGAAUUCGGGCGUUUCGUAGUGCGCUCACCGAAGCUGCAGGGUCCAGAGCUGCUGUGUUGGGGCAAACCAUGGGGAGCCACGACUCUAUUUCGUACCUGACUCAGCGGGAAGCUGCCGAGAUCGAUGAGAUCCUCAUGGGCCCUCUUGGAUUUAGUGUCGACCAGUUGAUGGAAUUGGCUGGUUUGAGCGUUGCCGCGUCCGUAGCAGAGGUUUACAAACCAAGUGAGCAUGUCCGAGUACUUGCUAUAUGUGGACCUGGGAAUAAUGGGGGUGAUGGUCUAGUGGCUGCCCGUCACCUUCAUCACUUUGGUUACAGGCCCUGUGUCUGCUAUCCCAAGCGUACUGCCAAGCCUCUUUAUGCUGGAUUAGUCACUCAGCUUGAAUCACUAUCAAUCCCAUUCCUAUCAGAGGAAGAUCUGAAAUCAGACUUGUCCAAGGACUUUGACAUUGUAAUAGAUUCUAUGUUUGGAUUCUCUUUCCAUGGUGCUCCGAGGCCUCCUUUUGAUGAUCUGAUCCAGAGGCUUGUCACUUUACAUAAUCAUGAACAAGCCAAUCAGAAAAGAUCAGCUCUAGUCUCCAUAGAUAUUCCCUCUGGGUGGCAUGUUGAAAAAGGAGAUGUUGAUGGUAAAGGCAUCAAACCUGAUAUGUUGGUUUCUUUGACAGCACCAAAAUUAUGUGCACAGAAGUUUAGUGGUCCUCAUCACUUUCUAGGAGGUCGAUUUGUCCCACCUGCCAUUGCAGAAAAAUACAAGCUUCAUCUCCCACCAUAUCCUGGAACCGCUAUGUGUGUUCGAAUUGGCAAGCCUCCUCAAGUUGAUAUUUCAGCUCUAAGAGAGAACUAUAUUUCUCCAGAGUUUCUUGAAGAGCAGGUGGAUGCAGACCCCAUCAUCCAGUUUUGUAAGUGGUUUGAUGAUGCAUUGGCUGCUGGCUUGAGGGAACCAAAUGCUAUGGCCUUAUCGACUGUAGGGAAGGGCGCAAAGCCGUCAUCACGAAUGGUGUUGUUGAAGGGUGUGGACAAGGAUGGUUUUGUGUGGUACACAAACUAUGAAAGCCAGAAGGCACAUGAACUAUCAGAAAAUCCUCGUGCAUCACUUCUUUUCUAUUGGGAAGGUCUAAACCGGCAGGUACGAGUGGAGGGAUCUGUGCAGAAAGUCUCAGAUGAAGAAUCAGAACAGUAUUUCCAUAGCCGUCCUAGAGGAAGUCAGAUUGGAGCAAUAGCUAGUAAGCAGAGUAUGGUGGUGCCUGGAAGACAUGUUCUUCAUCAGGAGUACAAAGAGCUGGAGCAAAAAUUUGCUGAUGGUGGCUUGAUCCCUAAACCCAAAAACUGGGGAGGAUACAGACUGACACCACAACUUUUUGAGUUUUGGCAAGGACAGCCGUCUCGUUUGCAUGACAGGUUGCGCUAUUCCCCCCACGAGAUCAAUGGACAACGAGCAUGGAAGAUUGAGCGGUUGGCCCCCUAAAACGUCUAGCAUGUGAGAAACAUAAAUAGGUGGUGUGCUGAUGUUUGUAAUAUUAAUUCUCAAUCAUGCUAAGUAAAACAGUAGAUGGUCAGAUAAUGCAAAAGUAGAUGAGGAUGUGCAAUCUCAGUUGAAUAUCGAAGCAUACUAUAUAGACAUACCGAUCACGAAAACAAGGCAUUCGAUAUUAUGAUAGUCCCAAUCAGUGAGCCUGAAUUUAUUCAUUUAAUGGGAAGUAUAGAACGCUGUUCAUCAUCUAGAUGACAGUAUCAUGUAUAUGGUAACAAUAAUGUGAACUAACAUUGUAGUUUUUUAUUUUCUUUUGUUUUUUUUUUUGGGACAGAACAUUGUAUUUUUGUUCUCUCUUAUUUGAGAUCCGCAUGAGUUGCUAUA